UCCAUAUUUAAGGCUGGCUGAGUAGUUGCUGUGAACUUGGAUUCCCUUCCCUUAUACUUUAACUCGUAACUAAUCAGCCAGCUUUGCUGAGGUCAUAGCUCCUGCAGGCAGAGUAUAUUGGAAAAGGAAAGUCCACCUGGUGAGACAAACCACUUCCUGAUCUCCCUGCUCCCUCUGGGGUCUAGCUCUCUCCCCUCUGGGGUCUAUCUCUCUCCUCUCUGGGGUCUAUCUCUCUCCUCUCUGGGGUCUAUCUCUCUCCUCUCUGGGGUCUAGCUCUCUCUGGGGUCUAGCUCUCUCCUCUCUAGCAGUUCUCUCUGGAGAGGAUCAGUUAGUCAGGUUUACAUUGUGGGACAUUAGAAGACCUCUGGUGCAGGGUCUGAGAAGCCCCCUCCCUCCGUGCCAGCCAUGGCAGAGAAUGGAUCUGUCAAAAUAAACGGGUUCAAUUCAGAAAAGAAGAACCCAGGAACUGCCCUGAGCCGGGUGGGCAGAUCUACAGUCAGCACCCCACCUGUGGACAGCUGGAGAGAGAAGGGGACCCGCAGCGAGGAGGACAAUGAGCUGAACCUUCCCACCCUGUCUGCCGCUUACAGCACCAUCCUCAGGUCACUGGGAGAGGACCCCAGCAGGCAGGGGCUCCUGAAGACCCCCUGGAGAGCAGCCACAGCCAUGCAGUACUUCACCAAAGGCUACCAAGAGACCAUAUCAGAUGUGCUGAAUGAUGCCAUAUUUGACGAGGACCACGAUGAGAUGGUGAUUGUAAAAGAUAUCGACAUGUUCUCUAUGUGCGAGCAUCAUUUAGUGCCCUUCAUUGGGAAGGUGCACAUCGGAUAUCUGCCAAACAAACAGGUUCUUGGUCUCAGCAAACUUGCGAGGAUUGUGGAAAUCUACAGCAGACGACUGCAAGUUCAGGAACGUCUUACGAAACAAAUUGCCAUAGCAAUUACUGAAGCGCUGCAGCCGUCCGGGGUCGGAGUAGUCAUAGAAGCCACGCACAUGUGUAUGGUAAUGCGCGGCGUUCAGAAAAUGAAUAGCAAAACCGUAACAAGCACCAUGUUGGGCGUCUUCAGAGAAGACCCCAAAACCAGAGAAGAGUUCCUAACCCUCAUUAAGAACUGAAUUGCUGGUGUCGGCUGUAGAGAUUGCUGCUCAAUAGAUCUGUCUGUGUUUACAACCAGUUUUAAGCGUCUGUCAUGUAACUGCUUAUGUCAUACAUCCAAACUGGCGUUUCCCAAGAUGAAGGAUUAUAAUGAGAAUAUUUUAAGGGCAAUAUUUAUUUGGCCACAGUUUCAUGUGUUCGUGAUUGCGGAUGAAGGGUGGAUGUGUGUAAUAGGAAUGAAAUACAGACCUGAUAGAAAACUGGAUUGUUUCAGAGCGACCGACCUUCUUUGUGGAUUAAAUAUCAGUCUGUGUCUAUAAUCAAAUUGUUGGACAUUAGUUUAAUAUAUUGUGUGCUGUUUAUAUGUUCUGUGUAACGUGAUGUCCGUGAACACGGCCAGCUACAUGUUAUUGUAUAAUCUUUAUGGAGUAAAAUGGGGGCCCCCACGUUCCCCCUUGGACCUG